AUGGCCCCUACCAUCCUCAUCGUCGGCGCAACCGGCAACACCGGCAGAAGUGUCACUGAAACUCUACCAAAUCUACUAAACACCAGCAACACUUUAUCCGAUCACCGGAUCAUAGCUCUCACACGUUCCCUGAACAGCCCAGUAGCCCAGCAACUCGCGAAACUACCCGGUGUCGAGGUACUCGAGCAAAACUGGGUCGAGAUCACCGCCGACUGGCUCCGCGAACACGAGGUAGUCAGAGCAUUCAUCGCAUCACACAACGAACCACACCACUUCACUGAAGAAUCAACCUUCCACCUUGCCGCCCUCAAAGCCGGUGUCAAGUAUGUUGUGCGGAUAUCAACUACGGCAGCGAAUGUGCGCCCGGAUUGUGCCGCUUACUAUCCGCGUACGCAUUGGGCUAUCGAGGCCCUUCUGAGUUCGCCGGAAUUCAACAGCUUGCAGUGGACGUCGCUUCAGCCGAACAUCUUUUCACAAAUGUAUCUUUCCACUGCCGCGGAACUGAUCAAGCAGUACCGCAAGACUGGGAAGCAGGAUACGCUUCGGUUGAUGGCGUCGGAGGAUGCGCCUGUCGGUAUCAUUGACCCUGAUGAGAUUGGAGUCUUUGCGGCGCACCUCUUGUCCCAAGAUGACCCUACUGUGCAUAGCAAGGCCAAGUAUGUCCUGAAUGGGCCAGAGGAUAUCACUGGGAAGCAGAUUGUGGGCAUGGUUGAGCAGCACAUCGGAACACCAGUUAAGGAUGUCAGCUACAAAGACAUGUCUUUCAUCGAUUCGUUUGUCGAGGGAGGAACUCAGAAAUCAAAGAACGUUAUCUUGUCUAUCAAACACGCCCCGGAGACAGCGUGGGAUGGAAAAUGCACGGCUUCUACGACCAGCAAGGAAGUGCUGGAGAUCGCUGCGCCUAAGCGUACGCCUGCCGAUGUGUUUAAGACCCUAUUGGAGGAGUAG